GUAAUAAUGUAAAACAAUGAACGGACAAAAAGAAGAUAAAACCUAAACAUGAACAACAACAUUGUGUAAGAUUUCGAAUUCCCCAACACUGGAGGAAGAACAAGCUACGAACGAGUAUUGCACUUUGAGUGCUGUUUCCAAUCUCAGAGAACAAACAGAUUUGAAUCAUUAUUUAGCAUUUUUCUUGAAUUAGUUGAUCAACCAUGAUUGGAAAUGGUGGCACUGUAUCCCAAGGUUCUGUCUUGUGUUAUGCUUGUCAAAUGCCUGCUAAGGUUGCUGUCUCAAGUAUCCGGAGUUUUUGGGGACAUAGUUUAGAAAAUAAGCCAAAAGGAAUGGCAUUCACAGACAUGUCUUCUGCAUCGAGUCUACUUUUAAGCGGGGGUCAAAAUCUUCGUUUUCGUACUAUCCCCAUGUUACCGAGGCUACACAGGUCCUGUACAGCCCCUCGAGCAACGAAGGAUGCAUCUGGCUUUCGAUUUCCUCCAAUGACCAAAAAACCAAGAUGGUGGUGGAGAACAUUAGCAUGCCUCCCUUACCUCUUACCUUUCCAUCAGGUAUGGAUGUAUGCUCAGACAGCGUACAACCUUCACCCGUUUCUCGAACUAUUCGAAUUCUACACAUACCCUUUUCUCAUGGCAAUUGGUAGCUUACCUAGAUGGUCUCUCAUAGCAUACUUCUUGAUUGCAUAUCUUACAAUUGUGAGGAGAAAAGAAUGGCCUCAUUUCUUCAGAUUUCAUGUUGCGGUCGGAAUGCUACUCGAGAUAGCGCUGCAGGUUACAGGAAUUGUGAGCCGUUGGAUGCCACUGUCGUGGUACUGGGGGAAAUUCGGAAUGCAUUUCUGGACUACUGCGUUUUUUCUUUUCCUCUUCACUACCAUAGAGUGCAUAAGGUGCGCCCUUGUUGGCAUGUAUGCCGAUAUCCCUUUUUUCUGCGAUGCAGCCUAUAUCCAAAUCCCAUAUGAAUAAGAGGGAAUAUGUUAAGAAAGUUUACCUGUUGUACUUUUUGUUGAGCUGAACUGAAGAAUGAUUAAUCAGUUUGUUGUUGUUGUUUAUAUCAAAAUAGUAUCUAUUUGAUAGUUAUAUAUUGGAUCAAGUUUAUCUGUAUUCUCGGGAUUCAAUCUAUAUAUGUGUGUAUGUGGUGUUUGUUAAUACCUUUCACAGUA